GGGCUCGAACGCCACCACGGGCACUGGGAUGAGCACCUUCAGCAGCGCCCACCUGGUGCUCAGUGCGUGCCCAGAGGAGGCCCACAUCCGCUUCGUGUGGGACGCGACGUUGGCGGGUCUGCAGGUGCCGUGGCCGCGCUGCCAGGAGCCACGGCGCUCGCCGUCCGGGCGGGGCAGCACCCGGUGCUUCGGCCAUGCCUCGGGAGGGGAUGCGGCGCGCUCGCCGAGUAA